AUGUUCGACCACACACAUACACAGACGAUGAGGCACAGGCACACACGAACAUGCCUAUAUGUGUGUUUGAAUGCCAUUUUAUGGGCAUCAGUGGAGCGCACUAGUGUGUGUAUAUCUAUAUACAGGCAUAGAAGGUUUUAUUUAGGAAAAUAUUCGAAACAUAUAUCCGGUACUGUUUACAUAUUUUGCUUUAUUCUUUCAUCUAUCUAUCUAUCCCAGUGUUCACAUCUAUCUAUCUAUCUAUCUAUCUAUCUAUCUAUCUAUCUAUCUAUCUAUCUAUCUCAGUCUGUUCACAUCUAUCUAUCUAUCUAUCUAUCUAUCUAUCUAUCUAUCUAUCUAUCUAUCUAUCUAUCAAUCUCAGUCUGUUCACAUCUAUCUAUCUAUCUAUCUAUCUAUCUAUCUAUCUAUCUAUCUCAGUCUGUUCACAUCUAUCAUCUAUCUAUCUAUCUAUCUAUCUAUCUAUCUAUCUAUCUAUCUAUCUAUCUAUCUAAGUCUGUUCACAUAUAUCUAGCUAUCUAUUGCUUGCGCCUUUUCUAUCUAUUUCAGCCUAUUUCAGCCUAUUUCUGUAUAUUUCAGUAUCUAUCUAUCUAUCUAUCUAUCUAUCUAUCUAUCUAUCUAUCUAUCUAUCUCCUCCGAUACUUUCUCUUUCUAUAUAUAUAUAAGUCUAUCUUUCCCAGCCUCCCGUUUUCUGUUACUAUCAGUUUCACCCCAUUUACACGUCCUUUCAUUCUUUGUUUCUAUGAUGGCCUGCUCUCAUCUAUCUAUCUAUCUAUCUAUCUAUCUAUCUAUCUAUCUAUCUAUCUAUCUAUCUAUCUAUCACAGCCUGUUCAUAUCUAUCUAUCUAUCUAUCUAUCUAUCUAUCUAUCUAUCAUAGCCUGUUCAUAUCUAUCUAUCUAUCUAUCUAUCUAUCUAUCUAUCUAUCUAUCUAUCUAUCUGUCUGUUCAUAUCUAUCUAUUGGCUCUUUCUCUCUCUUUCUAUCAAUUUGCGGCUGUUAAUAUGUUUACUCUUUUCUCUUCAUUAAAUAAUUUGCUUCUUUCUUUCUUUUUCUUCUUUUUUAUUUUUCCUCUUCUUUCUUUUUCUUCUUUUUCUUUCAUUCUUUCUUUCUUUCUUUCUUCUUUCUUUUUCUUUCUUUCUUUCUUUCUUCUUCUAUUUACAUUCGAAAUGUCAGCUUCUUUAAAUAAUUUGCUUCUUCUUUCUUUCUUUUCCUUCUUUUUUAUUUUCCCUCUUCUUUCUUUUCUCCUAUCUUUCUUUCUUUCUUUCUUUUUCUUUCUUUCUUUUUCUUCUUUUUUAUUUUUCCUCUUCUUUCUUUUUCUUUCUUUCUUUCUUUCUUUCUUUCUUUCUUUCUUUCUUCUUCUUCUGUUUACAUUCAAAACGUCAGUUUCUUUAAAUAAUUUGCUUCUUCUUUCUUUCUUUUCCUUCUUUUUUAUUUUUCAUCUUCUUUCUUUUUCUCCUAUCUUUCUUUCUUUCUCCUUCUUCUUCUUCUUCUUCUUCUUCUUCUUCUUCUUCUUCUUCUUCUUCUUCUUCUAUGUCACGUGUCACUACAAGACGUGGGCGAUCCUGACACUCCACAACUACAUGUCUUUGUAG